CCUUUGUAUGCUUUUUUUGUUGUAGUAUAAAUUUAUGCAAUAAAAAAUGCUGGUAAGACUUGCAAAACAAAAGAUUAAUUGCUUAUGUGGAGUAUAUCCAGCAAAUAAGGUGUAAUAUUUGAAUGGCAAGUUCAAGACAUGAAGUGGCAAAUCCACAACCAUAAAUUCACAACCGCCAUGUCCACAUCAGUAGAAGCAGAACAGACAAAAACCAUCAAAAUUCUGAAGGAAUAGAAAAGCCUUUUGCUGCAGCACACAAGUUCUCACACACCACACACACAAAUCUUGCACACAUGUCUGCUGGUAGUUCUCAUGUUUCUAUGGCCUGAAGUUAUCCCGGACUUAGAAAUGAGUUGACGAAGGCCAAGAACUUGUCUCCAUGGCCACCUCACAACUCGCAGGAGCACUGAGAUCAAGAAAUGGCUUGUUCAUCCACAUAUAGAGUUCCCAGUGGGUUAGGAUUCUUGGGGCCUUCCAAGAUUGGUCAGAAUCCUUUGAGAAACAAAGGUGGUGUCUGGUCACGAGCAAAGUAUGUGGUAUCAACGUGUGCAGUCUCAUCUGCUAGGCCAGCGUCACAGCCUAGGUUCAUACAGCACAAGAAGGAGGCCUUCUGGUUCUACAGGUUUCUUUCCGUAGUAUAUGACCAUGUUAUAAAUCCAGGGCAUUGGACUGAGGACAUGAGGGAUGAUGCGUUGGAACCCGCUGAACUUUACAACAAUGAGUUCAAGGUUGUUGAUGUUGGCGGUGGAACUGGGUUCACUACAUUGGGGAUUGUGAAGCAUGUGGACAACGACAAUGUGACCUUGCUGGACCAGUCACCACACCAGAUUGAGAAGGCUCGGCAGAAGGAGGCACUGAAGGGGGUGAGCAUCAUGGAGGGUGAUGCUGAGGACCUCCCCUUUUCAACUGACACAUUUGACCGCUAUGUCUCCGCUGGAAGCAUUGAGUAUUGGCCUGACCCGCAGCGAGGAAUCAAGGAAGCUUACAGGGUCGUGAAGCCUGGCGGGCUUGCCUGUUUGAUCGGUCCAGUUCACCCAACAUUUUGGCUAUCUCGCUUCUUCGCCGACAUGUGGAUGCUCUUUCCCUCAGAAGAAGAGUACAUAGAGUGGUUCACCAAGGCAGGGUUCGAGGAUGUUAAGCUCAAAAGGAUCGGGCCCAAGUGGUACCGUGGUGUUCGUCGGCAUGGCUUGAUCAUGGGAUGCUCCGUGACAGGCGUGAAGAGAGCUUCUGGCGACUCCCCUUUGCAGCUCGGUCCCAAGGCUGAGGAUGUUGAGGAACCGGUGAAUCUACUCGCCUUCCUCUUCCGCUUCGCCAUCGGGACGAUAUGUGCGUCGUACUACGUGCUAGUGCCUAUCUACAUGUGGAUCAAGGAUCAGGUUGUUCCCAAAGGCCAGCCGAUUUAAGCGAUAGUAGUCAAGAUCCAAUUUAGGCUUCUAUGUUAGCCACCUGUAGUGCUUGCGGUUCCCUACUCAUGUAUGUUUGUACUUUUCUUGUCGUCGGAAUCUUGUUUAUGCAAAGGGACUUUGUACACUUGCGGAAUUGUAGAGGCUAGGGAUGUAAUAUUCCCAUUUAUCGGAUGAAAUGCAAAGGAGCUUGGUGAAGCAUCAAAAUGCAUCCUCUAA